CUUCCGAGCAGGAGAGAGAGAGAGAGAGGGGGGGGGCGAGAGCGAGCAGGAGGCGGCGCCGGCGGCGAUGGUGUCGGACUCGGAGCUGGUGGAGCGGCUGCGGGAGGUGCUGCGGGAGUCGGACCUCAACACCACCACCACCGCCAUCCUGCGCCGCCGCCUCGAGGAGGACUUCGGGGUCGACCUCUCCGACAAGAAGCUCUUCAUCCGGGAGCAGGUCGACCUCCUCCUCUCCGAGGUCGCCGGCAAGGCGGAGCAGGAGGAGGCGGAGGUGCCCAAGGAGGAGGAGCCCGGGACGGAGGAGACGGGGGCGGAGGCCGCCGCGGGAGGAGAGGGUAGUGAAGGCGAGGGGGAGGAGGAGGGUGAGGAAGACGAGGAGGAGGAGGAGGAAGAGGAAGAGGAAGAGGAAGAUAGUAGCGGCAGCCGGAAGAAGCGGCGAAAAGAUGGAGCUAAUAGUGAGGGCAAGAGAAGGGGUGGUGGCUUCACCAAAUUGUGCAGUAUUUCCCCAACGCUUCAAGAGUUUGUUGGUGCCUCUGAGUUAGCUAGGACAGAGGUAGUCAAGAAGCUUUGGGCAUAUAUCCGAGAAAAUAGCUUGCAAGACCCAAACAAUAAGAAGAAGAUUCUGUGUGAUGAGAGACUGAAGAAGAUCUUCAAUGUCAACUCCAUUGAUAUGUUCCAAAUGAAUAAAGCGUUGACAAAGCACAUAUGGCCAUUGAAUUCUGAGGGUCCUGUGACCUCUGUCUCACCUGAGAGAUCAACACCCAAAGAGAAGCCUCAAAAGCGAGAAAGAAAUGAAGGGAAGAAGCAAAAAGGUGGUUCUUCUGGGUCCGGAUCUGGUUUUCUUGUGCCCCUUCAACUUUCGGAUGAUUUAGUGAAAUUCAUUGGCACUGGUGAGAGUAUGCUUUCACGAUCUGAUGUUGUGAAGAGAAUGUGGGACUAUAUAAAAGAGAAUAAAUUACAGGAUCCUUCUGACCGGAGGAAAAUUAUAUGUGACGAGAAGCUGAAGGAUCUAUUGCAAGUUGAAUCAUUCAAUGGCUUCACUGUUUCAAAGCUGCUUGCUCCCCAUUUCACCAAGACAAAGUAGUGAAUUGCACCAUCCAGAUCUGCCAAACCCAGAAGGAUGGGUGAAUUUUUUUUUUUUGCAGAAUGUGUAACAUGGAACUGUUAGGAAACUAUGUGAGAAAUGUGGAAUUUUAACUUGUGGGUGGAAUC